UUAACUACUCUCAUUUCCUUCUCUAGAAAAAAAAUUCAACUCUCAUUUCCUGCUCUAGAAAGAAACAAUGAAAAUGAGGUUAAGAGCAAACUUUAUUUUGGCUACUGUUGUCAACCUAUGGAUGGUCCACACAGUGGCUAGUUUAUGGAACAUAGGUAUCAGCCAUGGACGUCAUGCUAACUCUCGGUUCCUUCUUGACAAUGGGGUUUCUCGGACCCCUCCUAUGGGAUGGAAUAGCUGGAAUCACUUUUGGUGUGGUAUAAAUGAGAGUGUUGUAAUGAGUACCGCCGAUGCUCUUGUUUCAACCGGUUUGGCAUCACUUGGGUACAAGUAUGUAAACCUUGAUGACUGUUGGGCUGAAUCGGAAAGAGACGAGAAUGGUAAGUUAAGGGGCAAAGCCUCUACCUUUCCUUCAGGCAUCAAGGCCCUUGCAGACUACGUUCAUGCUAGAGGCUUGAAGCUUGGGAUAUAUGCUGAUGCUGGUAAUAGAACCUGCAGUAACCAAAUGCCUGGCUCUCUUCAUCAUGAAUAUGAAGAUGCAAAAACUUUUGCUCAAUGGGGAGUUGAUUACAUCAAGUACGACAAUUGCUACCAUGAUGGUACAAGAAAUCGAGAGAGAUAUAUUGCCAUGGGCCACGCAUUGCAGAAAAUUAAACGGCCAAUUCACUUCUCUUUAUGCGAAUGGGGACAAGAAGAUCCAGCAAAAUGGGCUGGUGCCUAUGGCCAUUCUUGGAGGACAACAGGGGACAUUAAUGAUACCUUUGCAAGUGUAACUUGGAUUGCAGAUUUAAACAACCGUUGGGGGAGAUAUGCUGGACCUAGCAGGUGGAAUGAUCCUGAUAUGUUGGAAGUGGGCAACGGAGGGAUGACCAUGGACGAAUACCGGUCUCAUUUUAGUAUUUGGUCUCUUAUGAAGGCUCCUCUUCUCAUUGGAUGCGACCUUCGAUCUGUAAGCAACAGGACCCUAAGGAUCCUUGGGAACAAAGAAGUGAUUGAAGUAAAUCAAGACUCACUAGGAGUUCAAGGGAGGAAACUACGAUCCAAAGAUGGCCUAGAAGUAUGGGCAGGGCCAUUAUCAGACAACAGGGUUGUGGUAGUGUUAUGGAACCGAAGCGAAUUGAGGGCUCUUAUAACUGCUGCGUGGAGGGAUUUUGGACUCUCUCCCAACACACCAGCCAUUGUUAGAGACUUGUGGAAGCACAAAUAUGUUUCCAUGAAUAAGCUCGAUAGAUUGACGGCAUCCGUAGCUCCUCAUGCUUGCAAGAUGUAUGUUCUGACACCACUCCAAAGUUGAAGGAGGCUAUCACUUUAUUGAACUUUUAGGAUAGUUUAGCAUUUUUAAUUUUUGUCCAUAGCCCCCUUUGGAUCUUUUUUUUCCUUAUUGAGUGUUGAGGGAGAAUCUAGUAAAUGCAAAAUAAAUGAUUUCAUCUGAAGUAAAUAAAAUUCAAUUAUAUUUGAGUCAGGGUAUGAUGAAUCGAUUUUAAUUCGAUGUCUUGUGAUAUGAGCAAAGUACAUGAUCUUGUCAGCUAUAGAAACCAACGUGUUGU